AUGAGGUUAAUGAGGUGGGCGAAGGAAAGAGAGCAGACAGAAAUCACAGAAUUCACACUACUGGGAUUGACAAAUGACCCAAUGGUUGAGCUCAUCCUCUUUGUGUUCUUUUUGGUGGUAUAUAUUGUGACUUUGCUAGGAAAUUCUUUGAUGAUCAUCACCAUCACUUUGUCCUCCACUCUUCAGUCCCCUAUGUAUUUCUUUCUUCGAAGCCUGUCUAUGGUAGAUAUAAGCUUUACCUCCUCCACUGUGCCAAAACUCCUGUUGGAUUUUCUUUCUGAAGUGAAAAGGAUCUCUUUUACUGGAUGUGUGGCUCAGUUAUAUUUAUUUAUAUCCUUUGGAGGAAUUGAGUGUGUUCUUCUUGCUGCUAUGGCAGGUGAUCGCUAUGUGGCCAUUUGUAUGCCCUUGCGCUACAAAGAAGUAAUGAGCUGGAAAGUGUGCGUGGUGCUAACAGUGGCAUGCUGGAUUAUUGGUCUGCUAAACUCUCUGGUUCACACAGUCUUUACAUUUCAUUUACCAUUCUGCAAGUCUGAAGCUAUCAACCAUUUCUUUUGUGAUAUUCCCGCACUUCUCUCCCUUUCCUGUGCAGACACAAGGGCCAAUGAAUUAGUUGUGUAUAUUGCAGGAGGGUCAGUAAUUCUGGGGUCUUUUGUUAUAACCCUUCUAUCAUAUAUUUUUAUUGUUCUAACGAUAAUACAAAUUAAGACAUCAUCAGGUAGACUUAAAGCCUUUUCUACAUGUGCUUCCCACUUAACAGUAGUCACACUUUUCUUUGGAACCAUUGUAUUCACAUACAUCCGUCCCACAUCUACAUAUUCACUAGACCAAGACAGGGUAGUUCCUGUACUCUAUGGGAUUAUCAUUCCUAUGUUGAACCCUAUCAUUUACAGUUUCAGAAAUAAAGAGGUUCAAGGAGCUAUAAGGAAGGCCAUUCUGAGAAAACUUAGGUUAACUAUACUAAAUAACAAUUUAGCAAAAUCAAAAAACAAUAAUACAUAG